UUUCCUGCACCCAUUGAUUAGAAACGAUUCAAACUCGCAUCCCGUCUUGCGGGAAAGCAAAACCAACACACAUUAUUUAGGCAACGAUUAUUUAUGAUAUAGGCCUAUUGUUUUUUAUUUAUUAUUGUGUCUUACUGAAUAGACUAAUAUCAACAUAAACCAAGCGAUGACUGUCAUGUGCACACAUGUAUUAUCAGUUUUAUGGUUGUCACUCGGUCAAGGUCCACGCUCCUGAUGCGAGUAGCAAGACUGGAUUUAUUUCCUUUGGGCAAAGAUCUGACUCAAACAAAUUCCGUUAUUAAAGGGGAUAAUUUACGAUACUGAUUACUGUUCUACUCUAGAAUGGAAGCCCUCUGGCACUGGAAGGAGGUGGACGCACUGAAACGAAGAGAACUUUGAUUGCCGAAAAUAUGGAUAGACGCAUGGAUUUGUUCAAAUGAAUGACACGAAAGACAAGUCCUUCACAAUCAUGUCAUUUCAGACCAACUAACGUGGAGUGUUCAUAGGAAUACGCAUAUUUGUGAGCUGAAUCGCCCGUUUAAAAGGUGAAGGGGGAAAAAACCAUCUCACGGAUAUUUCCUGUCACAGGGAAAUGUACUCUACCGUAUAAUUUUCGUUUUGAAAGUCAAGUAAAUGUUGUAAUUUACAUGCAGUGGCCUAUAAACAUUAUAUGUCACUAUAGUUUACUGAGUUGAACGAAAACUGUCAGUAUGUCGGCGGUAAUGAUGACACGGAAAGUACGAAAAUGGGAAAAGCUCCCAGGGAAAAACACUUUCUGCUGUGAUGGACGCGUAAUGAUGGCCCGGCAGAAAGGCGUCUUCUAUCUAACCUUAUUUCUCAUCGUUGGCACCUGCUCCCUGUUCUUCGCAUUCGAGUGCCCAUACCUGGCAAUCCACCUGUCCCCUGCCAUCCCGGUCUUCGCUAUCCUCCUCUUCUUUUUUGUCAUGGCCAUGCUGCUGAGGACCAGCUUCAGUGACCCGGGCGUGUUGCCGCGCGCACUCCCCGAGGAGGCCACCUUCAUCGAGAUGGAGAUCGAGGCGACCAAUGGGAACGUCCCGGCCGGGCAGCGGCCUCCACCUCGGAUCCGCAACGUCCAAAUCAAUGGGCAGAUUGUCAAACUGAAGUACUGCUACACCUGCAAGAUCUUCCGACCACCUCGUGCCUCACACUGCAGUAUAUGUGACAACUGUGUGGAUCGUUUUGACCAUCACUGCCCAUGGGUGGGCAACUGUGUGGGCAAGAGGAACUACCGUUACUUCUACCUGUUCACCCUCUCCCUGUCUCUGCUCACCAUCUACAUAUUCACCUUCAAUAUCGUACACGUGGUGAUGCGCUCGGUGAACUCUGGAUUUGUGAAGACACUACAGGACACACCUGGGACUGUGCUGGAAGUGCUGGUGUGUUUCUUCACCUUGUGGUCAGUGGUGGGACUGACAGGCUUCCAUACUUACCUGAUCUCCCUCAACCAGACCACCAAUGAGGAUAUCAAAGGCUCGUGGUCUGGAAAGAACCGGGUGCAGAACCCCUACAGCCACAAGAACAUCAUCAAUAACUGCUGUGAAGUGCUGUGUGGGCCUGCAUACCCCAGUGUCUUGGACAGAAGAGGGCUGAUGCGGGAUGAUUUGCCUGUUCCCACAUCCGCUGCCGAGCCUGCCACCAACAGCAAUCCAGUGCCACAGACCACAAAAACUACAGCUCCACUCAUCCCCAACGAGCACACCCCUGACGACGCCAAGCUCAGCAUCGCAGACUCUGCCAACGCUCAUGCAGAGAAAAUAAGCCCCUCCCCCAGAGAGGAGAAGCUGCCCAGUCUACCCAAAUCCUCGCCGACUCCCACCAAAGUCCCGCCCUUGGCCUCACCUGAAACUGACGCGGAGGCCUCAUUUAUUGCCAAGGAUAAGGCACUCUAGCUUCAUGGUUGGGGUUUUUCCUUGCCCUUCCCACAGUCCGUCACAACCUUUCCCUAAAGCGCUCUGUCUGGACCUGUGAGGGAGACACUUUAAUCAGCUUCUUAUGAGCUAUAUGAGUGAAGCAUCUGCUUGUAAUGAGUGGAGAAAAACUGCAAGGCUCUGACUCCCUGCUCAUUCCACCAGAUAUGCAGAGUUGGUGCCCCCACCAAAACUGCACCCCCCCUAAGUUAGUGACUGCAGGACUGCUUGAUUGACAUUCACACUCCAGGAGGAUGGUAGCUCGGCACCUUUCUCCCCCUGAACAUUGCAUGGAAAAACACAGAUAAUGGGGAAACUGGGAACUGUGAACCCACUGGAUGCAGAUGACUGUAUAUCCUGGGUAGUGUGAGGCUGAAGGGGUCCUAAAAUACCCAGGCGCCUCUGGAUCGUGGCUACCUGUGGACUCUGAUUGAUUGUUAAUGCUACUGUUUCUCUGUCUUUUGUUUUAUAGCUGUGAUGAUUUUUUUAAUGUUAAGAAGUCAGUUGUAAAAUACUUAGCAUUGCAAAAUAUCUGACAAAUACACUUAUUGUAAAGCCUCUAACACAUCCACACUAUUAGUCUGUUCUCAGAACCACACCGAUCAGGCCCCAAUGCAAUCCAUGGGAAGCUGGGCAGUUGGCACAACAGCUAUUAGGAUGAUGAGGAAAUAAGGACUGACAGCUAGUUUAGGGUGUGUUGAACAGGUAAACAUGGCAGAGAAGGGAAACACUAACCAUCGUUUAUGGUUGCGGUAAAGAGGCAACCUUUUUGUCUCUUCAGUAAGGGAUUCUAAUGAACAUCUCUAGAAAUGUUGAGAUUAAGGUGCCUUGGCUACUAUCCUUCCAUUUUUAGACUGUCAGACACACACACACACACACACACACACACACACACACACACACACACACACACCAGGGUUGGGGCCGUCAUUAUACAUUCAGUCAAUUCAGAGGGUAAACUGAAAGGAAAAAAAGGUUGAACGAUCUUCUGAAAUGGCAGGCCGUUUCCAGGGGUACCCUCAGAGUUCCUGUAUCUAGCAUUAGAAGCAGCCACUUUGGUGCGUCCCAGAGGGUGUGUCCCAGAGGGGGGGUGUGUCAUUGUUGGGGGCAUUUUCAUUUCAAUUCAGUCCAUUCAGAAAGUAAACUGAAAUUCCUUUUCCAAGUUUUAAAAAAAAUCUGAGGAAUUUCCAUUGACCCUCUGAAUUGACUUAAUUUAUAAUUACAGCCCCAACCUGUAUGUGAGAGAGAGACAGAAGGUCUGAUUGCUGUUGACAGUAGACACUAGUUACAGUGCCUUAUCAAAAAGCUGCGCUGUCACAUGCAACUAUAACUAAGGUUGUCUAGCUACAGAGACCCUUAGACUCCAGUUCAUGACUCAGCACUCCAAAUCGUACAUGCCAACUGUAAAUAACAUCCUUUUUUAUACAGUUACCAAUGAGACUUAGAGACAGCAGAAAAUGAAGUAAAGCCAUUGUUUAAAUGUAAAUAAUAUAUGUAGGUGUUGAGAAAACUAUUGGGUCUAUUGCUGAUGAAAAGGGAAGAUUGAGAGAAGAGAACCAGGUUGUCUCUGUUUUUGAGUGUAUGUGGCCAGUGUUAGAUAUUUGCCUGUGAAUGAACAUCCACCCUGCUUCGUGCAAGUCAUUCAACUUUUUAAUUUUUCCUCUUUAGCUUCCACUGUCAACUUGGUGCCCUUUCUCCUUAUCAUCCACCUAUUGCUGAGGACAGCUUUCAUUAUCUCCAUUCCUCUUCCUCUCUGUGUUUCCCAAGGAAGAUAUUCAGUACACCAGCCAUCUGUGGCGGGCUCAUUAUCAAACUGGAAAAGUGAGACGGCAGCUGCUUUCUCUCUUCUCUUUCUCAUCUGUUCAUUUCACACCAAACGGAGCGGAGGAUUGAGGGUUUGUGAGAGGCGGGCAAGGUGUGAGGAUUUCAGCUGCUUUUCAACUAGGCUAGGAUUCACAAAAGAUGGUCAGUGAGAAUUGGGUGAUAUGUUAAACUGCUACUGGUUGACAAUAGAGAGUUUGUAUUACUCAUUGUGUUGUAUGUAAGGCAGAGUAAUUGUGCUGUAUACUUAUAUAGAAACUCGAGUAUAACAAUGUUGAGUCUUUCUGCCAACUGAUAGGCCCAAGAUGAUAAUUUAUACAUGAAUAGAAUAAUACUUUAGAAAUCUGAUUUAAUUCAUAUAAAGGAUUGCAGCGCUACUGUAUAUGGCCAAGCAGUAUGUUUAAACUUCUGUUCAUUUCACAAAUAUUCUCCGUUCCAGUGUAUUUGAAUUAGGAAUGUGAGUAGGGGAGUUACUAGUUGUUACAAUUUACACUCAAUAACAUUACAACAGUAACCCAGACUUUAUCCUGAUUUGAACUAUGAGUAAACACAACCAUCUAGGCCCUUGCAGUGUUUUUAUCACUAUUUAAUUGUGCUCAGAAGGUGUAGGGUAAGGUUUCCCUACACGCAGAUCUUGAAUCAGAAUUUUACUCACUAAUGGUUAGGAUUGGGGGACGGGAAGCUGAUCCUAAAUCUGUACCGAGGGGAGAUUUCACCCCAGAGCUGCCGAUAAUGUAAACUGCCUUUUGAAACAGACAACAAAGGGAUGUUUUAAUCAAAUAGUGGUAUACAUUAUUUUCUGAAUUUCUAUGUAUGCAAUUGUGAGAAGGCCUUUCAGGAAAUGUCUUCUAUUUUAAUCAUUUUUUCCCCAAAAACUUUUUUUCAUCUUUCCGAGCAGUUCUUAGGCUUACCCUCAAACCAAUCUUCCUAUCAAUUGAAGUUGAAAGUUUUUGUCCCUGAAUAGUUUUUUGGUUCUGGACAGUUGUAAAGAUUCUCUCUCAAUAGAUAAUUCCCUGCUGUACUGCUUCAAUGGAGAGUGAGACUGUACUUGUGAUUGUGAUUAACAAAUGAAAAGGGGAAUGUUCAUGUUAAAGUUUAAGCUGGUUGAAAGCUAAUUGAAUGGAUCGGAGCCUUUUACUAUAUGCUAUCUCUAUGGGCAUAUAGUAAUAUUACAUACAAUGACCUGAGGUGUUUGGAAUUGUUUAUCUCAAUGUUGAGUAAACGUUUGGAUGUAUGAUUUGGAUUUAUGUUACCUGUGUACUACGAGGGUCUCCGAUCUGAAGGCUCUGAUCUAGACAUGACAGUACAUAAUGCAUACAGUACAGAUACAAUACCACUGAUGGAAUUAUAUUUAUGUUCACUUUGUUUAGUAAUAGCACUGUGAUUAUUUAUAUUUCAUGAUAUUUCCCUCACUUUUUACACGAUUGAUUGGUGUAUCUGGUAAUUAAAUUAUUGUCUUAUUAAUAA